GAAGCGUGGGUAAUUGUUUUGUGGUGGGCGACGCUGUGCCGCCGUGUUUUAAUGUUCCGGAAGGAGGAAACCUGCGAUGUGAUGUUGUUCGGUGAAUAGACAAGAGACGAAGCCGCGAUAUGAAAGAUUUGUCUGAAGAAGAAGGAGAAGAAGAAGAAGACGACGAAGAAGAAGAAGGAGCCGCAGGUUUCCUCUGAAAACACCGCUGUUGAUGUUCGACUGCUUAUUAGGAACAAGAACGAUGUCGUUGGGCUGUUUGUCCUUGCGUGGGAGAUAACGUUAUUUGCUUUUGUUUUUUUCUUUUCAUUUUCUGGAGUUAGCAUCUCUUCGGUUUAGUUUUCCGUUUAAUUGAGCUUCCCGAACGAACUUGUGGUAUAGGAUGUCUGCUUGGCCUUGAUCUCAAAUCCCCCCCCCCCCCCCAGACAUACAGCAUGAGUUCGCUGAGGGAUUUACAGGAAUGGUGUCGCACGAAAUGCGCCAAUUACCCCGACGUGAGGAUCAGAGACAUGACGACCUCGUUCAGAGAUGGACUUGCGUUUUGUGCCAUCAUCCACAAACAUCGGCCUGAUUUGAUAGACUUCAGCUCCCUCAUCAAAGAUAAUGUUUAUGAAAAUAACACACUGGCAUUUGAGGUUGCAGAAACAAAGCUGGGUAUCCCCAGGUUGCUGGACCCAAAGGACAUGGUUUUCUCUGAAGUGCCUGAUUGUCUGAGCAUCAUCACCUACCUCUCUCACUACUACCACUUUUUCAACAAGUCCAACGCCAGUCCUUCCAGUUUUAGACCAUCACAUGCAACAGGCCUAACCAACUGCACGAGGACUAAAGCUCUUGAAGGUCCCAAACCCCGGAAGAUUUUGCCAGCUCUUUGGUCCAGUAGAGAGGUUCAUUUAUCCAGUGGAAGACCACAGAGUUUUUGUACUGUGUGUAGGAAGCAUGUCCACCUGGCUCAGAGGCAUCUAAUAGAGGGAAAACUUUACCAUCGCAGCUGCUUCAGAUGCAAAGUUUGCGAUAGCACUCUUUUACCAGGGUCUUAUAAACAGGGGGGUGAUGCUAGCUCCUUGAUCUGCACCUAUCAUAUAACAGAGACUGAAAACACCAGCCAAGACUCCAGUUGUACCACUAGACCCACUGAGCAGCAACACCAACUUAAAUCUGCGACUGGAUUCGCUGAUAACAUUGCCAAUCAUCUCUGUUAUGCGGGGAAAAUCGAGUCACAGGACAGACUGGUUUGCAUGAGAGAGGAGGCGCAAGGAGGGGAUAGUGACACAAGACAGGGUGAACGCAAGCAGGCCGAAGACAAAGAAGAAGGACAUUCUUCACUUGUGUCAAAGGUGAAGAGGCUAGCUCCAACACAUCCUCCCCAACACGGUUUUAAGGACGGCACACUCGAAGGUAGUGGUAAAGCAGGAAAGUUGACCAUUCUGGCGAACACUGAGUUACACGAGAAGUCAACACAAAACCAAGAGCCUGCCAGGCUCGCUCCCACAUUGGUAGACAGGACAGUUUCAGCAGGAUCUAGUCGGCCGAUUCCAGCACCCAGACGCAUGUUGAACUCUUCUGCACCUCCUGUUCCUGCACCGAGGACAAAAACGCUCUACAGGAUGGACAGCUCCUCCACCACAGCUGGUUCACGCGACCGUGGUAAAUCUCCACCCAGUCCUUCUUUCACCACUAGUCCAGCCGGUGCUAGCUGUAAAGUCAAAACUAACCAUCCAUGGAUGGCCAUUGUCCACCCAGGACCCUGGACACAACUUCCCUCUGCCCCGGACCCAAUGAGCCCUCCUCGAUCGAGUUCUGCCCCUGUCUUACGCAAGGGAUGGUUCAGGCCCAGGGAGCCUCCUCCUAAUCCGUUUGAUGAGCUGGCAGAUGAAAACACUGAGAACGAUACAAAAGAAGACUCAAAGGCUGAGGAUAGCAUCCAAACUCCUCCACCACAAACCACCAGCCAAGCAGAGAAUGGUGCAGAUAUGUCAAACAAAUCAGCAGAUAUAUGUACUCUGGUGAGGUCCGAUAGUGCUGCAAAUACUGCAACCAAGCCUGAACCUGAGAGAAAAGCAACACCAGCUGAUAAACCUAUUCUUGCAAGGAAACCAGUUCUCAAAUAUGCUCCACCGACCGCUAUGGACUCAGCUCAGAAAGACGUAUCUUCUGUUUCCUCUGACUUAUCAGGGACAGAUACUGGACUAGGGGGCACCUACCUAUCAGUGUAUACGCCUGAUUUGUCUAAAACUGGUGAUUUGGAUGGCUUAAUAGGAGCUGUGGGUGGCAUGGCUCCUAAUUUAUCCAAAACAAGUGAACCGGGUGUACUGGACUUUACAGAUAUAACAGGGGGACUCAAAAUACCAGACGCAGGUGAAGAUAGUAAUAUGGGUGGAUUUAGUGUCCCUGACCUACCUUCAGCAUCUGUGGGUGUCUCUCUGGAGGAUUUGGCUGAGAAAAUUGGCCCAUGUGAAUUAGGCAAACCAGCAAGUGGAUCUGAUUUGCUAGAUUUGGCUGAGACCGGAGGUGUUGGUGGUUUAGCAGGUGCAGCCAGUAAGGUUGGCGUAGUAAGCUUAACAGAAAUAGUCAGCAGUAUUGGUGAACUGGGCCCAGAAGGGGCAAAUAGCCUAAGCAGUUCGGCAGCAGCUAGUGAUCUUGGAUUAUCUGAUUUAGCUGGAGUUAGAGGACUAGGCAGGCUAUCUGACACCAAAAGUGAACCACAGGUUCCUGAAUUCUUGGGUAAUGCUGCAAGUCUUGACCUAAUGGCCCUAAAGGAGGCCGGUGCCACCGCUGGUUUAGAUGAGGCAGAUGUAACACAGAGUCUCCCGUUCCCGAAGAGUCUCUCCAUGCCAGCUAUUUCCUCUGUCGGCUCCAAAAGCUCCUCCAAACCCACUGACCUCCCAGAGCUAAAUGAAUCUGAACAGAAACAUGAGGUCUGUGAUCGAAAGACGACUAUCCCAAAAUCGAAGACUUUUCAGGACCGCCCGUCCAGACGAGCCCCUGCUCCUGGAUAUGGAUUCCCCCUCAUUAAGAGAAAAGUGCAGACAGACGCAUAUAUCCCUAAACAAGACCUGCAGGUGGAGAAGGAGGAGCUGGAUAAGCAGUUGGAGACACUGGAACGAAGAGGUGUGGAGCUGGAGAGAAAUCUGAGAGGUGGCAAAAAUGAUAAGGAAGCAGAGGAGAUGCUGAUGGAGUGGUUCAGUCUAAUCCAGGAGAAACAUGUACUGGUGCGCAGAGAUGCAGAAAUCGUUUGUCUGACAAAGCAAAAGAGCUUAGAGGAGAGACAGGCAGAUGUGGAGUAUGAGCUCAGGUGUCUCCUUAAUAAACCAGAGACUGGGUGGAAUCAAAAAGACCGAGGCCGAGAGCAGCACUUGAUGGAUGAACUGGUCACCAUCAUUGAACAGAGGAACCAGAUCAUCAGCAUCUUGGACCAGGAUAGGCAAAGGGAAAGGGAAGAAGACAUGGUUUUUGAGGCUGUGAUGAAAAACAAAGUGCUCCAGAAGGAGGGCCUGAAAGAGCUCAGAAAGUCAAAAGGAAGGUUCAAGCCAAUGAAAGUUUUAAAGAUGCUAAAUCAUAAAGUUGAGCUCACAAAAGACUCCAAGUACAAGAAGAGCUGAGCUGCAUCUUAACAUGUCAGGAUAAAUCUGAUAGAGAAUCUUGUGAAUGACUGCUGACGUUACACAACAGGGUGGCAUACAGAUAUGAAGACUCUUGGAGGAACCUCAUUCAAUGAAAAUGAUUAAAUCAUUUGCACUUUGUUACCACAGAAGAUACUCAUAUGAAUGAACUGUGUAUUCAUCUAAUAUUGAAAGGCACUUAGGCAAUGAAGAAAUUUUAACUAGGGGGCAUUUCCUCUCCAUAUUUUAAAAUAGAUUUUUUCUAUAUCUAUUUUUGACAUUUUCUUUUGCACAUUUGAAGUAGAUGAUUAUUUUAUUACGAGUUGCACUGUGCUAGAUGCGGGUUUGAAGCAAUUGAUAAUGUAUUUCAUAUGGUCACUAUUUUCAUAUAUUUUCACACGGCAUAAAUUAUUCUAUUUGUACAAGUCUAUGUAAUAAAUAUCUAUCUCUGUCCUAUCCUUCUCAUACAUUUGCGGAAAUUAUUUUAUAAUCUGCUGUACAAAAGUUACAUUUAAAAACGAGUUUUUAAGGAUGCUAAAAUGAGAUUAGUUGCAGUGUAAAUCUAUGCAAGAAUAAUUAAAAUGGUAAUUACUGGUGUGUUUUAUUGGGUCUAGCUCAUGCUGAGGCAAGGAGAAAUGGGUCUGUUGAUGUCCCUGCUGAGAAAGCUCUAGAAAGAGAUCGCGUAGACGUAUUAUUGACUGUGUUCCAAUUCAGCAUCUGCAUCCUUGCCCAAUUACGUCACAGUGGCACACCAAGACUGUCCCAUUCCAAAGGCUCUGUCCUUCAAAUGUGGCCUUCAUUUGUCUGAAUUUUAAGUACACAAUGGAUGGAUCCUUCGUGGCCCAAGCUAUCCCAAGAUUCCAUGUGCGCUGAUGGUGAUUAGAUUUUUUUCCACAAGAAAAUGGUGUCUCCAACUCCAGCAGUGGCUGACGAUUACAAUUUUAAAUGUAGGUAUUGGGUUUAAACUCACUCGAACAGCUAACGAUACAAAUGUUAAGGAUGCGUCUUAAUUUGGUCUUGAUUCAAAUAACCAGGCCAGGGGGAAAUAUUAUUUUGGAAAAAAGCAAAAGAGAAAUAGUAAAUUGGGGUGGUGUUAAAAAGUAGGGGUGGACCGAUAUGUUGGGGUUUUUUUUCAGGGACGAUACCGAUAUCGAUUAUCAGUAAGUUGUGGAGGCCGAUAACCGAUAUUUGGGGCCGAUAUUCAGUUGCAGGAAAUGUAAAAAAAAAUUGUGCCAAAAUUUACCACAACACAAACCCCAACAAAAGGCUCCCUUUAAAUGAACAUAUGUUUGAUUGAAUUUUGUG